AUGGCAGACUUUCCACCAGAGAUCAAAGAGCAAAUCGCAAGUUUCUGCACCCUUUCCACCGCCCUCUCCCUGGCAGUUACCCACAGCACCUACCUCGAGGCUUCAGAACGAAGGAUCUACCAUUCUUUAACCAUUCUGGCCGAUACUCAAUCGGUGCAGGCCCUCACAGCCCUUUCUCGCAAACGGGCGAGAUACUCGUUCGUUCAAUCUCUCACCGUGGAGAUCUUCGACAACAACGACGAAGCGAACGUGAAGGUUGGGCGGAUGGUCGUUGAGGUCCUCCAUUCUUUGGUUAAUUUAGAGGAGUUGCGGAUCAGACUUGGGCCAUGGGCUUAUGGGAGGAAUGCGAGGGAUGUGGAGGGUGCUGUGGUCCUUCUUAGGGAUUUAGACAGAGUUCUCUCAUCCAAGGACAUGCCCCAGCUCAAAACCCUCUUCUGCAACGACUCUUUCGACUUGGCGGAUAUCCUAAAGUCGCAAAGGCGGUUAGAAAACCUAGUAUUUCGCAGCUCGACGAACGUGAUUGUGGACCAAGCCGCCGUCGUCGAGACGCUAGAAAGACUCCGUGAUGCGGGAGAAAUGCCCCGAACGCUCAGAGCAAUUUAUGGAGUCCACGAGCCGGCGUGUGACGGGCAAUUUGCUACUGGGGCGAUCCAGCGCGGUCCCACCCCCAACUGGAACAUCGUACUCCUCCCGAUCUUCUUCCCUGACCUCGACAAUCUCUUUGAGCGCCUAUCUGCGCUUCUAGGAACUGAGAAACCCUGCAAGGGAAGGAUGUGCCUUGAUUCAGUCGGAAUAGCACAGGUGUUCUGCCGGGAUUUAUCACAAAUCGACGAAUUGUUGAGGAAACUGGGGAACAGCUUUCAAAGUGUGGUUCACCUUGGUAUCGUGACGGAAGGACCAGACCCAACUGUGAGUGUGCUCCAACUUAUUCGUUAUUCUGCCGUCACUUUGCCAACUCCGGCAUAA